GUCAGCACCAGCUGUGUGGAUUCAUGGAAUAAAGAUCCCGAUCCACUUCUGUCACAUGAAUCCAUAUGCUGUUUACUUUACAGGACGUGCAGAAUACAUACACCUGGACUGUUUUCAUCGACAAACUCUAGGUUUUGCGCGUGGAGCGACCCAUGCCUUUGGAUAACACUGCGUUUCUGUGUCUUAUCGACUCUUGUUUAAGAAUUUAGACGGACUCAUCCUCUGCGGGUUGUUUUGUAGGUAAAAGAAGCUGAAAUGUCGAUUGAAAAACAAAGCGUGUCCGAGGAAAACCUUCAGGGUUCCUGGGUGGAGCUGAAUUUAAAUAAUGGAGGAGGCAGCACUCCUAAAGAAGGUUCGGAGGAGCAGUCUGCCAGCACCGCCCCAAGCGGAGACCUGGAGAAGAUGCUGCUGGAUGCUCAGCACGAGUCGGGCAGGAGCAGCUCAAGAGGAAGUCUGCCAUGUGAGAGUCCUCUAAGAUCUCAGACUCCUUCGCACUUGCGCAGGGGCUCCGAGGUCCACAGCUCUGGAGAAAAGAACAGCUCACAGUCAGAGGAAGACUAUUUGGAGAGGAGAAGAGAGGUGGAGAUCCUGAUGAAGAAAAAUGCAGACUGGAUCUGGGACUGGUCGAGUCGACCGGAAAACCUGGCGCCCAAGGAGUUUGUGCUGAGGCACCCGAAGCGUUCCAGCACCCUCAGCAUGAGGAACACCAGUGUGAUGAAGAAGGGAGGAAUCUUCUCCGCAGAAUUCCUCAAAGUUUUCCUGCCCUCUCUUGUCCUUUCGCACAUCCUUGCUGUGGGUCUCGGGGUGUACAUCGGAAGGCGCUUUACUACAUCUGGCACCUUUUGAGGGAGCAGGAGAAGCCAAGAAACGAGACAAAUCUCAUAUACGCACAUCUACCAUCUCAGCUGCUUUAUCGUGAAUCAGUGCUUGUGUAGACGCAGAUAGGACGAGGUCACGUGACACAUUUCCUCUCGCUGCCUCGCUUCCCCCUUGUGUAUUCCACUGGGCUUUACCAUAGUUCCUCCCCCGUAAUGCCAAUCCAUUCUAGGGCUGUCAGCACAGGCUAAACUUGACAGAAUUAGAUAUACUGCAUCCUCAUAAUUUUGCAUUUACUCGUACCAAGACUACUGAGAGAGCAUUAUGAGAGGAUCAUAAAACAAGAGAUGGGAGAGAAAUAGGGGAAUAAUAUUUGAUCAUGAGAUGCUGGAUCUCCAGAGAUGUAGUACCUGACACUGCAGACAGAGAGUUGGGAAGAGAUUUAACCAUCCCCCCCAAAUCAAAACAGGGAUUUUACAUAUAUCUUAUGGCAUAUCUCAACAUUUGAUGGUAUAUUAUAGGACUUGUUUUACCUUGAAGUUGCUUCUGUACUUAUGAGGUUUAAGACUCCAAAAAUGGACCUUUGCUUUGGGAAUCAAGUAUUAUACAGUAUUAUACAACUGCAAUGGUCUUUAGUAAAUACUAGACAAAAUGUUAAGUACCAUAUCAACACUUUUCUGAAUGUCAAUUGAAAUAAAUAAAAUAAAUUUCCAUUAUACUUUAAGCCUAACUUAAGUUUGCCUUUACUGCUCACCUGAAUUGCAAUCACAUUUAUCUGAAGGGUCCGGGUUCCAGCCCAAAGAUUGCCUUAAAUAAAACCGUUAAUGAAUCAGGCAGGAGUAAAAGGGAAAUUGUGUAAAUUUGUGCAUGUUUUGUAGUUUUUAAAAAUCGUAUUCAGUGUAUGUGUUAAUUUCAUAGUGGUUUUGUAUCAACAGAGGGAAUCAACAAAUAAAUGUCUGCCAACUGUAA